UCUCUCUCUCUCUCAAAACAAAUCCUCCAUUCAAGGCAUCCUUGUCCUAGCAUCACAUUUCCAGGAGGGGGGAAUUGAAAGUUCUCAAAUGGAACAUUUUCACCUCUCCUUAGGAGGAUAGAUGGCAUCGGCUGGCGACGAAUAAAAGAUGGGCCGUGUUAAGCUGGAGAUAAGAAGGAUAGAGAACAUCACGAACCGCCAAGUGACGUUCUCGAAGCGCCGGAAUGGGCUCAUCAAGAAGGCCUACGAGCUCUCCGUCCUCUGUGACAUCGACAUUGCGCUCAUCAUGUUCUCCCACUCCGAUCGCGUGAGCCACUUUUCAGGAAAAAGAAGGAUCGAGGAUGUGUUCACCCGUUUCAUUAACCUCUCCGACCAAGAACGAGACAAUCCUAGAUGUCCAGGAUCGGCGCACGCGGAUCACCCCAAAUUGCCCUCAAUCCAAAACAAAGAGUACUUGCUCAGGACCCUCCAGCAACUCAGAAAUGAGAAUGACCUCGCUCUCGAACUUGCAAAUCCGGGGGCAGUUGACUCCGACGCCGAGGAGAUCCAUCAGCAGAUUGGCAUGUUGAGGCAGCAACUUCUGGAGGCAGAGGAGCAGAUGCGAAUAUACGAGCCGACACUGCUUCCAAAAAAUACAUCUUUGAAGGAUCUGGAGUCUAUUGAGGAUACUCUUGUUGAUAGCCUUCAACGCGUGGUGCAGAGAAAGGAACAAUUGAUGGUAAACCACCUAUCUCCUUACGAUCCAUCCAGUAUGCAGCAAGGGAUGUCGAGCUCCUUCGACAAUGAAGUCGGGUGGUUGCCGGAAAACGAUCCGCACAAUGCGCACUUCUUCGACUCGUCCGCUUCUCUCAUGCAAGUCAGGGAUCUAUCAUCUUCACUAUAUCAAACUUUAGUACAAGCAACGGGCUCAAGCUGCAUUGACCCGAGAAGCAUGGCGGAGUCACAUGUAUCAAACCCUAGCGAGGGGAAUAUCUCAGCUUGGCCUCAGGAGUACACUUCGACUGCCCACAAUACAAACAUGAUUUCUCAGUCCUCUUACACACAGCAUGGGAUGGGGGUCCCGGAAUUGCCAGAGGUGAUGCAAUGUGAGCAGGUGGAGAUGCCAAUGAACAGCUCCCACCUAACAACAGAUAAUGAAGCUCCACAAUACGAGACAGAAGGCCCUCAGAUCAAUGGGCAAUGAGCAAUUAAUAAAUUAUUUUAUUUCCCUUUUUUGGGUUAAAUUGUAUCUAGAAAAAUGCUUACGUGUGUGGAGAAACUCACUCCAGCAAUUACUUGUAAUUAGUCGUCAGAAUCUUUCACGUGAAAGCUUUGUAGAAUAUAA